UAUACUUUUUAAAAAGUCGCUAGUUUCUACGGCACUGUAUGUCGAGCUGUUGGCUGCUCAGACAGCGCUAGUCGCUUGCACCGAUCAGCUUUUCGUGCUUCUGACAUUUCUCUCCAGCUCAAACGAGCCGUCAUUGUGCUGAAACCAUUGGACAGAAAAUGGAGUGGUGAAAGCCGCACCUGUCGAGUCGAGUACGAUUGUACUGAUGGUCGAGCCACGCCAUCUAAGGCUCACAAUAUGGUAUUUAACAACCUAUAUUCACCAUUAAAUGUGCCUUUGGUCAACCAGCUAUACAAAUGAUAUUUCGCGCAUACGAUGCGCAGCAUGAAUAAUUCUAUCAUCGUUUUGGAAUUGUUGAGCUAGCAACAUCUUAAGGCUGACGCAGUUAUCUGUUCCAGUAAUAUUACCUUCAAGGAAUGAGCUUGUUUAGCCCAAAUAGGCAGAUAAUAAAGAGGAAUUGCCACAUUAGAAACUGGUGCUCAGAAUCAAAAAUACAGAACCCGAUAGGUCCUAACGCAGAUCAUUCUACAUAUUUUAAGAUACGUAAAGCCAUUCAAACAGAGCAGCGCUAACAGCUUUUUCAGCAUUGAUGCGGUGGUUUCCAUACUUACUGUUUAGAAAAACUCCAACGCAUGGUCAGGACACCUUUUGGCAAGAUCUGGUCCGUUAUAUCAAUCAGCACCGUCUUGAUGACUUCAAAGCUUAUGCUAAGACGGGCACUCACAUUAAAAACAAUCGUACCAGCGUAGUGGGAUGCAGCCAUAGUCGUUCCAAUUUCAAAUCGAUUUUCUGAAUUCUCGUUUAUCCAAGCACGACGAAUGACUGGGCAGAGAUUGCUAAAUGCUUGAUUAUCAUUCUUGUAUGUGGCUCCAAGUAAAUAACUUAAGGCCAAUUGCUUAGGGAUUCAAUCUGUUCUGCCCGAGUUGCCGGUGGAGUGAUGAGACUUGACGUGACGUGAGUAUGUGACAGGUUUUCAGAUCAAAUAAAUUUUUAAACUUCGAAGCUAUUAUGUACGCACAAUGUUCAUUGAAUCUUAUAGGAUGCAUGACAUUCAAAGUAUAUGCGUUAAACCAUUACGUUAUAUCUUCCAGUGUAUUUGCACUAGACACAAACGUCGCGCGUGCGCUGAAAUGGCGGUCGCUUACACAUUGAACAAUAACGUUUAAAGCUUGCUUUCAUUUGCUC